UUCCAGAAGCAGAGGGGGAAGUGGCACCGGGAGAAGUAGCACCGGGCACUCCGAUCACAGCCUCAACCGUGACCAUGGCCGACAGUCACGCCCAGAAUAAAGCCAAACUCAUUUCGGAGACCCGACAGAGGUUCGAAGCUGAGUUUGUGAUAGAUAAGCCAGAGAAGUAUGAUGCCCGGGACUUAGAAAGGCUGCAGCAGGAUGAUCGCUGGGUUGAAAGUUACUUAAUUUGGCGCCAUGAUGUGGUGGAUGAGACCCUGAAGAUGAUCGAUGAAAGUUUUCAGUGGAGGAAAGAAAUAUCCGUUAACGAUUUGAAUGAAUCUUCCAUUCCUCAAUGGUUACUGGAAAUUGGUGGUAUUUAUCUCCAUGGUUAUGACAAAGAAGGCAACAAGUUGUUCUGGAUCAGGGUGAAGUAUCAUGUAAAAGACAGCAAAACCAUUAUGGACAAAAAGAGGCUCAUAGCUUUCUGGUUGGAGCGUUAUUUCCGGCAAGAAAAUGGCAAACCAGUGACGGUGAUGUUUGACCUGUCCAAGACGGGGUUCAACAGCAUAGAUAUGGACUUUGUAUGUUUCAUCAUUAACUGCUUUAAGAUUUACUACCCAAACUAUGUCUCAAAAAUAGUCAUCUUUGAUAUGCCUUGGAUAAUGAAUGCUGCUUUCAAAAUUGUGAAAUCCUGGUUAGGUCCCGAGGCAGUGAGCUUAUUGAAGUUUACCGGUAAAAGUGAUAUACAGGAUUAUGUGAGUGUCGAGUAUCUGCCUCCGCACAUGGGUGGAACUGAUCCUUUCAAAUACAGCUACCCUCCUCUCGUUGAUGAUGACUUCCAGACCUCUUUGUGUGAAAAUGGGCCAUUCACCAGUAAGGAUGAAUGCUCCAGUAAAGAAGACGCUGAAAGUGAUAGUAAGGAAAACUUGGAAACAGUUCCUAAUGAGGAGCCAGCAGCAGUUACCAAAAUGGUAAAUUUGAACAGUCUAACAAAAAGCGAUGUUACUGAAGGAGAAGAAAAUGAAAAAGUUGAUUCCAAAAUUAAAACUGUCAAGAAACCACUGAGUGUGUUUAAAGGGCCCUUACUACACAUCAGCCCUGCAGAAGAACUGUAUUUUGGAAGUGCAGGCUUGGGAGAGAAGAAAACCUUAAUAAUAUUGACAAAUGUGACUAAAAAUAUUGUGGCUUUUAAGGUGCGAACCACAGCUCCAGAAAAAUACCGAGUCAAGCCCAGCAACAGCAGCUGUGACCCUGGAGCUUCAGUUGACAUUGUGGUGUCUCCCCACGGAGGUUUAACUGUCUCUGCCCAAGACCGCUUUCUCAUCAUGGCUGCAGAAAUGGAGCAGCCAUGUGGCACAGGCACAGCUGAACUGAGUAAUUUCUGGAAGGAAGUUCCGAGAAACAAAGUGAUGGAGCACAGGUUGAGAUGCCAUGUCAUCGAGAGCAGUAAGCCUAACACUCUCAUACUAAAGGAUCCUUCUUUUGGCCAGUUAGACAAAGUCAGUGAAGACUUCGCUCUACAGCUCAGUCGUAUACUAGAAAGUAAUAGGAAGCUUGAAGACCAAGUGCAGUGCUGUCUGUGGUUCCAACAGGUCUUGCUCUCAGUGGCUGUGCUUUUGCUUGCUUUCGUCAUCUCUUUAUUCUAUUUGUUGUAUAGUUAAAGAAAGUGGUACGCCCUAGGAAACAAGACUCUUCGUUCAUUAGGCGGAAAGAGUAAUAGAUCCCCCAACUUCACCAGGCUGCUAACCAUGCUGCACAUGUGCACUUUCACCAGGAAGUGUGUUGCAAACCACCUAGAAAGGAAAAGAAACAUGUCUUGAAAUAAACAGCUAGAAUAAGGAAUUGCUCAAGAAGCUGAUCUUUUCAAAGGCUAUCACUAGUUAAUAUGGCAAUUUUGUUAUGUGAAUUAAUAGUUUAAAUAUAAUUUAUUGGGUUUUUUCCUUUUGAUGGGAAUAGUCUUUAAACUUAAGUUUCAUAAUGUGUAUGUAUAUAUAUAUGUAUGUAUAUUCGCUGAAUUGAGAGUUCUGAUAUGCUUUGUUGCAGCCAAAAGAUGUAAUCUGCUUACUUUGUGGAGCAUAGAAGUAUGUAUGGGAGUGAAGCCAACUUAGUCACUUUUUUAUACUAUGUAAAUAGAGAAUAUGUACAUUGCGGGGAGGGGAAAUAGAGUAAUUUAAGGAAGUCAUGACUUUUGUCAUUUUGAGCAUGACUUCUUCUAGGUGAUAGUUAAUAUUCUUCGAGAAUGUCAAACUUUCAAUGCCAAACAGCCUUUGUUUCUUAUUCAUAUUCCUUAAUAGCCUGCUUUUCAAUUUCAGACUUUUUCUGUACACUUACUGAGUAGAACUUAGAAAACUCAAAGUUGGGCUGCGUUUCUUUUGAAUCUGUCACUCGUGUCCUGAAGGAAGAAAGCCCUCUUGGAACUCCCUUUCAAUACAUUGACAUGCUGCUCACUGGCCAAAUAGCCCCCCUUUGGCUUCACUGAUGCCCCAUGACACCAUCCUCACCUUUUUCUGACUGCAAAGACUUAGAAGAUGUUUGGGAAAGUUAUUUAGAUGCAGAAAAAUAGAGUUGACAUUUGAGUUCCUUAUUAAACACACCCAUGAGAAAGAAACUGAACCGCAGACUGAAGUACCUCCACAGGGUGGGUAUAGAGGUGCAGGGAACAAAUCUCAAGUGCCGGGUCUUCAUUAAAGAGUGAGAAACUCCACUCAGAAUGAGCUUUAAACCCUUCAGCCUAGGGCUGAUUGUCAUGCUGGACACUCACUUAGCCUUUAUGAAAAUCACUCUGGGGAUAUUGCCCAAAUUUCUAAAACAGAGACACAUCACAGGAACACAGACUCAUGAAAUAAGUUUUCUUAACAGUUUGACUGGUUUCACUCCAUGUUGAUUCACAUAUAAAUUUCUUAU